AUGUCGAGGCUGAAAUCACCUCCGACCUUUACGAUUCAUUCCACUUUAAUUUCUUCUUCACCCCUUCAUCAUCUAUCCCUUUUCUUUUUCCUAGUUUUUCUCCUUCCUAUUUCUUUCACAUACGCACAGUCCUCUCUUGGCCAACCGACAACCGACAUUUCCUGGCGUGCGGGUCAUUCCGCCUGUAUAAUAUCCAACUAUAUGGUCCUCUUCGGCGGUGUAACUACUUCAUCUGUUGACAUAUUCACGAAUCCCGUAGCAAGUAACGAUGUUGUAGUUUGGAGUGUAUCCGAUCAGCAUUGGUAUAAGCCUAACAUAACUGCCGUUGCCGGAAGCACAAUACCGCUCCCCCAGAAGUUCGUACCUAGCAACUGCCUCUCAAAUGGAAAAAUGUACGUCCUAAUAGCUAAUUCGACGGACCAGAAUAUUCAAAAGGAGAUCGCAGUUCUGGAUACAAAUUAUUGGAAUUGGCAAGAGAGUACUACCUCACCUGGGCCGCAAGAUUUUCGCAUAGGUGCAACACUCACAGCUGCAAAUAAUAUACUAUAUCGAUAUGCUGGCCAGCAAGCUUCUCCUACAGGAAAUCAACUGACGGGCAUUAACAACUUGCUAUAUUCUUUGGACCCGAACACUAUGCAGUGGACGUCUCUUGCCAAUGGUCCAUCACUAGCAUAUCACACCGCUUGUUACUUGUCAAAGUUUGACAUAAUUGUCUACUUCGGUGGCCAAAAUACUGAUCACCAGGCGCAAGAUGCGGUUACCACCUUCACCACAAAGCCAGGUGUGUGGAAUCCAUCCCUUCUGAUUGCGGCGCCUAAGCCAAGUGCUCGACUAGGACAUACAGCAGUGUGCACAGACAGUACAAUGAUUGUAUUUGGUGGUGGAACUCUAUCCGCUAGCACUGGUGGUUCACCAUCGGAUGAUACAGUAUGGUUAGCAACAGCAACAUCACCAGUUGACAUUUCCUGGUCGACACCAGUAACAAAUCGGACAAACAGUCCAGGUGCUCGCAUGGGACACUCGGCCGUUCUUUCAGGAACUAACAUGAUUGUAUUUGGCGGAAUAGGGAGCGCAGUUGAUGAUAAAACAGUAUACAUACUAGACACCACUAAAUGGACGUGGAUAUCGGGCAAUUCGGCGUCUGGUCCUGGCCCUAAUACUGGCAAUACGUCUGCAAACGCGACUGGCAACAAAAAGUCACCAGUAAUAAUAAUCGCUGCUGCUGUUAGCGGAUUUGUCGGUGCUUUAUUGGUAGCGCUUGCAAUUUUCGUUACCACCCGCCAUUAUAGACGCAAAAGCCGCAAACUUCAAUUCGACGACGACGAAAUGAGCGAAAUCGAUGCUGCUCUUGGUGGCAACUCAACCGACAUGUCUCCCCCACCUCGAUCUCGAGAAGUUAUCCUCUCUUCACCAGUAGCAGCACGUUUAGCAAAUAAAGACACGGUAUUCAGCGUCGAAACAUUACCGCGUUUACAACAUGUUGAUGGGAUAGACAAGAGAGAGUCUGUCAUUGCGCCGGAAGCAGCUAGAUCGGCACCGUUGAAUCCUUGGAACCGAUUUAAUGGACCUAGAGGACAUUACGUAAGAGGAAGUACCGACUCGUUUGGGAAUUGGCGUAAUAAGGGUGAAACGGGCGAGGAAGAAGAAGCUGAUAUAUGGACAUUUGCAUCGUCAUUCUCGAAUGACAGAGAACGCGAAAAAGAUCAUCAACGAGACGGAUCUACACCUCCAAUACGUUAUAUGCCACAAAGAAUGGACUCUGUGGGAAGUGUGUCCUCUACUUUUGGCCAACGUGGUGGACACACGUAUCCCUAUCACCACGGACACAGCGCACAUGCCUCUCACCCUUGGAUGCAAUCGCGUGGUGACGAUGACGACCCCCAUCAAUCUGUCCCUUUGGCCAUGCCUGUCGUGCAGCCAGAAGUCAUCGUUACUGCUCCGCGUGUUCCGCCUAACGUUGCACCUAUCGAUUAUAAUGUGGGACCUGGAAUGAAUUCUCAGCAGUUUGGAAAUCCUGGUGGCAAUGGAGGUGGACAUGUUAGGGCGGCGACUGUGUCUGGACUAGGGGAUAAUCAGAUGAGUUUGAAUGAUACGCUGAGUCCUUUGGAUAGAAUCGCUAGACUGUUUUCGGGUGGCGAUGUUUCCGGUGCUAUUGGUUUAAGUGAAAAGGAGAACAUGAUGUAUCCAUCCAAUACGCACCGUUCCGCGAGCGAAGAUAAUGUUCUAAAUACAAACUCUGUUCAUGGACAAUCAUUACUUACACCACAGCGCACAACACCAGCAGCAGAAGACGUGAGUUCGAAUCUGACAAAUUCUGGCAACAAUGCGAUCUACAAUACGAAUACAUUUCACCAAUCGGCUGACGAUGUGAGCCAUGUAAAAGACACUGUUAGUUUGCGCGGUGCAAUAUCUGUUGCUAGCGUCAAAGAAAUGGCUGCGACGCAUUCGUCGGUUACAAAUGAUAAGCUAACAGCGCAAAAUCUUUACAAGAGUAGUCCGAGCCAGGAGAGUGUUACGAAAAUUGCUGAAUUGGCCGGGUCAAGUGGAAGUAAUCAACAGGAAGUUACUAAUGUAGAAAGUGGAGGAGAGACGAAUACGGAACGGAAGAGAUGGAGUUGGGGUUAA